UCUUUCCGCCAGCGCCCGCGGGACCCGGAUGAGAGAGCGGCGUUGGGGGUCCCCGGGAAAUUGUGCUGCCUUCGGAGGUGGGGGAUGCGGGCGUGAGCCGGCGGGGGAGGUGCUGCUGCUGCCUCCGCUGUGCUCAGACACAGGUAACACAGGAUUGUCCAUCCUCCGUCAACUUGGUACAAAGGUGUGAACUCAGCUUGUUUCAGAGCCUCUCCACCAUGACCUCCAAAAAGCUGGUGAACUCGGUGGCAGGCUGCGCUGAUGACGCCCUUGCUGGCCUGGUGGCCUGCAACCCCAACCUGCAGCUCCUGCAGGGCCACCGUGUGGCCCUCCGUUCUGACCUGGACAGCCUCAAGGGCCGGGUGGCACUGUUGUCGGGUGGGGGCUCUGGCCAUGAGCCUGCCCAUGCUGGUUUCAUAGGGAAGGGGAUGCUGACCGGGGUCAUCGCUGGAGCCGUGUUCACCUCCCCGGCAGUGGGCAGCAUCCUGGCAGCCAUCAGGGCAGUGGCCCAGGCUGGCACAGUGGGGACCCUCCUCAUCGUGAAGAACUACACUGGGGAUCGGCUGAACUUUGGCCUGGCCCGGGAGCAGGCCCAGGCUGAAGGCAUCCCAGUGGAGAUGGUGGUGAUCGGGGACGACAGCGCCUUCACCGUCCUGAAGAAGGCAGGCCGGAGGGGGCUGUGUGGCACAGUGCUUAUACACAAGGUGGCAGGUGCUCUGGCUGAGGCAGGUGUGGGGCUGGAGGAGAUCACGAAGCAGGUGAACAUGGUCGCCAAGGCCAUGGGUACCCUGGGGGUGAGCUUAUCCUCCUGCAGUGUCCCUGGUUCCAAACCCACCUUCGAGCUCUCAGCCGACGAGGUGGAGCUGGGCCUGGGGAUCCACGGGGAAGCUGGUGUGCGCCGGAUAAAGAUGGCAACCGCCGAUGAGAUUGUGAAACUCAUGCUCGACCACAUGACAGACACCACCAACGCGUCUCAUGUGCCUGUGCAGUCUGGCUCCUCGGUUGUGAUGAUGGUCAACAACCUGGGUGGCCUGUCAUUCCUGGAACUGGGCAUCUUAGCCGACGCUGCUGUCCGCUCCCUGGAGGGCCGUGGGGUGAAGAUUGCCCGUGCCCUAGUGGGCACCUUCAUGUCAGCACUGGAGAUGCCUGGCGUUUCUCUCACCCUCCUGCUGGUGGAUGAGCCUCUCCUGAAACUGAUAGAUGCUGAAACCACUGCAGCAGCCUGGCCUAACGUGGCCGCAGUCUCUGUUACUGGGCGGAAGCGGAGCCGGGUAGCCCCUGCGGAGCCCCAGGAGGCCCUUGAUUCCAUUGCUGCAGGAGGCUCAGCCUCGAAGCGGAUGGCGCUUGUGCUGGAACGGGUGUGCAGUACCCUCCUGGGCCUGGAGGAGCACCUGAAUGCCCUGGACCGGGCUGCCGGCGACGGUGACUGUGGCACCACCCACAGCCGUGCAGCCAGAGCGAUCCGGGAGUGGCUGAAGGAGGGCCCACCCCCUGCCAGCCCUGCCCAGCUGCUCUCCAAGUUGUCGGUCCUGCUUUUGGAGAAGAUGGGAGGCUCAUCUGGGGCGCUCUAUGGCCUGUUUCUGACAGCAGCUGCCCAGCCUCUCAAGGCCAAGACCAGCCUCCCAGCCUGGUCUGCUGCCAUGGACGCCGGCUUGGAAGCCAUGCAGAAGUAUGGAAAGGCUGCCCCAGGGGACAGGACUAUGCUGGAUUCUCUGUGGGCAGCAGGGCAGGAGCUCCAAGCCUGGAAGAGCCCAGUAGCCGAUCUGUUCCAAGUCCUGACCAAAGCAGUCAAGAGUGCCGAAGCUGCAGCUGAGGCCACCAAGAAUAUGGAAGCUGGAGCCGGAAGAGCCAGUUAUAUCAGCUCAGCACGGCUGGAGCAGCCAGACCCUGGGGCUGUGGCAGCUGCUGCCAUCCUCCGGGCCAUCCUGGAGGUCUUACAGAGCCAGGGUGUGUAACUGCCUCCCUCUGCCUCAGCUCCUCUCACUGCUGUGUUGAGGUGGCCUUUGUCACUUCCUUCUGCCUUCCUAUCGUCACCUUCCCCCAGCCUGGACCCCUUGGCCCGCCCUCUAAGUUGAGCAGGAAAUGCUUCACCAAGAUUCCAGAGCUACAGACAACACCCAGAGCGAGCCAGAGUGGGUCCCCAUGCCUCUCCAGUAUGCCCUCUCGCUUUGCAGGAGGGUGGAGUCCCUGGGUCACACCGCCCUCCCCUGCCAGCUCUGGACUUCAGAGAUAAGGCAUUUUCCUUGUGCAGCCUUUACCUGGCAAUCCUAAUUUGGUUUUAAGACUCCUUGUGAAAUGCCUUCUGCACCUUAACCCCAGUGAGUGGGAAAAGAAAGUUAAUAAACUAUAAUACAUGGAAGCAAGAAA